UUCCUGGAUUUCCCAGGGAGAGUGAGCGGGAGAUGGAGAGAGCCUGGAGAUGGUGUGCUCCUGCCAGAGGGAUGGAUGAACAGGAGCUGCUUUCACCGCGGACGGAGAGACAGACGAUGGACAGGAGCUCACGGCUUUCGGUCAGGGGCACAGGAAGGCGAUCCAAACCCAGCAGCUUCAAUGGCCAGGACUAUGAGUCCCUGCAAAGGGCCUGCCUCCAGAGCCGCUGUCUGUUUGAGGACCUCAGCUUCCCGGCUGACAGGACGUCCAUAGGGGACAGCAAGGUCAAAGCCGUGCAAUGGAGGAGACCCCAUCAAAUCCACCGGAAUCCCCAGUUUAUUGUCAAAGGAGUCAGUCGAUUCGAUUUGUGCCAAGGCAAUGUUCUGGGAGACUGCUGGUUUCUGGCUGCAUUGUCCUCCCUGACAAUGGAACGGGAUCUUUUUGCUCAUGUGGUGCCACCUAAUCAAGACUUCCAACGAAAUUAUUGCGGCAUUUUUCACUUCCGGUUCUGGCAUUUCGGUGAAUGGGUGGAUGUUGUAGUCGAUGAUCUCCUUCCCACCGAUGAGAGGGGACAGCUGAUUUUCGUCAGGUCAUGUGACUGGAACGAGUUCUGGUGUGCUCUGAUGGAGAAGGCCUAUGCCAAGCUGUACGGAUCAUACGGAGAUUUACACAUGGGCCAGAUUUCGGAAGCACUGGUGGAUUUCACCGGGGGGGUUAAAUCUGUCAUCUCCCUGAGGAAGCCCCCUUCGGAUCUCUGGGUGACACUGAAAAGAGCGGUCAGUCUUGGUUCCUUCAUGGGCUGCAGCACUCCCGCCGUGCAAGGCGGAGAGCAAGUGCUGUCAAACGGGCUGGUAAUGACGCAUGCAUAUUCAAUCACUGGGGUUGAAGAGGUGCCAUACAAAAACCGAAUGGAAUUGUUGAUCCGCGUGCGGAACCCAUGGGGAAACGAGACGGAGUGGAAAGGGCGCUGGAGUGACCGAUCCGAGCAGUGGAACCGCAUUGAUCCUGACGUCAAGGAACAACUCCUACUGAAGAGGGCGGAUGGAGAGUUCUGGCUGGCGAUGCAGGAUUUUAAGGCACAAUUUGCCCAGCUGGUGAUUUGUAAUUUAACCCCCGACUUCCUGAGAGGUGCAAACCAGCAGAAAUGGGCCCUGUCCACUCACCAGGGCGCCUGGCUCAGCGGUCAAACCGCAGGAGGGAACAUAGACAAUAAGGGUACCUUCUGUACGAAUCCCCAGUACUGUGUGACUCUGAGUCAGAACGAUAUGGACAGAGAGACAAACACUUCCACCUUCAUCGUGUGCCUGUUGCAAAAACCCCGGGACAGGCAGAGAAAUAAAAGCCCCCGGCUUUUCAUCGCCUGCCCCCUCUUCAAGGUUCCUCCCAAAUUCCAGGUACAGGAUGGGAAGCUGCCACAGACCUUUCUGAAUGAGCGUUACCUGGUCAAACAGAUAAAAUACCGCAAUGUCAGAGAGACCAGUGAAACGUACCAGCUGGAACCGGGCACCUACGUCUUGGUGCCCAGCACAUACUACCCCAAUGAACAAGCCGAGUUCCUUCUCCGUGCCUACUUCCAGAAGGGCAGUUACCACAGAGAUACAAGUUCCAACUCGAACCUUCAGCACCCGAUGGCGACACUGGACAGAGCAGAUUACAGCUCCUGGGAACAAAUCUUCAAUAAAUACGCCCAGAUCCACCAGUCAAACUGGUCCCUGCCUCGAUUCAAUGGCUCGGAGAGUUUGAGCCCCCCUCUCUCUCCCAGCCCUAUGUCUCCUAAUGGAUUGCUGGGCAGACCCUUCUGGGCCCAGGUCCACCCUGACGACGGCUGGUCAGAGAGGUAUCCACUGCCAAUGUCCCCAUCAUCCCCCACUUCUCCAGUAAGUUCUUGUCUC